UUAUCAUCGGUCUGUUCAGUUCGAGUCUCGCUCUGCUGCUUCGUCUUCUCCUUUCUUCUCGGUUAAGUAAAAGCAAAUUCGACAGGGAAGGAUGAAUUCUGCGAAUUUAGGUUCACGGGUUCAAGCUUGCUCGAUAUUUAGUCAUGGAGGCAGAUCCAAAUCUCUAACUAGUUCGAUGUUUAACCCCUUGCCGAGGUUGCCCAUGUCUCUCUUUUCUCCAAGGGUGAGAGGAGUUAUCGCUUCUUCUUCUUCUUCUGCUGCUGCUGCUUCCAUCUCUGCAGUUCAUGUCACCAAGGAGCAGGAGAAAACGCUGAAAGAGGGAGAAAGCCUAGAGAUGGAGACGGGCUUUAAUUUCAAAGCUUACAUGAUUCAGAAGGGAUCUUCCGUGAAUCAAGCCCUUGAAGGCGCUGUUUCCCUCAAAGAUCCGCUCAAGAUCCACGAAGCCAUGCGUUACUCACUCCUCGCCGGCGGCAAGCGUGUGCGUCCUAUCCUCUGCAUCGCCGCAUGCGAGCUCGUCGGAGGCGAUGAAAACACAGCGAUGCCUGCUGCGUGUGCGGUAGAGAUGAUCCAUACCAUGUCGUUGAUUCACGACGACCUUCCCUGUAUGGACAACGAUGAUCUCCGUCGUGGGAAGCCCACUAAUCACAAGGUUUUCGGCGAGGAUGUGGCUGUCAUUUCCGGCGAUGCUCUGCUAGCCUUCGCUUUCGAGCACAUCACCACCGCAACAGUCGGUGUUCCGCCAGCGAGGGUCGUUCGUGUUAUCGGUGAAUUGGCUAAGGUGAUUGGGAUCGGAGGCCUGGUUGCAGGUCAGGUGGUUGAUAUUGGUUCUGCAGGGGUUUCUGAUGUUGGAUUGGAGCAGCUUGAGUUCAUCCACACCCACAAGACUGCCUCCUUGCUUGAAGGAUCAGUGGUUCUUGGAGCGAUUCUGGGUGGUGGAUCUGAUGAACAAGUUGAGAAGCUGAGGAAAUUUGCGAGGUCUAUUGGGUUGCUGUUUCAGGUAGUGGACGAUAUCCUUGAUGUCACCAAAUCUUCUAAAGAUUUGGGGAAGACGGCCGGCAAGGAUUUGGUGGCUGACAAGGUUACUUAUCCAAAACUUCUUGGGUUAGAGAAAUCACGAGAGUUUGCAGAGAAGCUGAACAAAGAUGCUAAGGAAAUCCUCUCUGGAUUCGAUCCAGAGAAAGCGGCUCCACUGAUUGCUCUGGCAAACUAUAUUGCUUACAGACAGAACUAGUUUGUUUCUUGAAGAAAGAUUCUUGGUUGCCUAAUUUGUCCAGAAAUAAUUUGAAUAGAUAGGAUUAUAUGUUAGUAGGGGAAAAAAAGACUAAAAGUGCUAAUAGGCAGGCCUGUAUCAAGUCAAGUAUAAUUUUUCAAUGCCAAUCCAUUAUUUAUAUAUGGUUUUAUCAUCUUCAGCUUUCAUGAUAUAAUUCUCUUGUAUUGGAUCUUAGAAAUUUUUGGUUUGAUUUCAAUGCCUUGAGAGAUAUUUUAAGGAUUUCAAUCCAACAUCCCAUUCUUUCAAUUCAAGAUUUUGGCAGAUUCUGAGAUAUGUACAAGAUUCCCAAGUCCAAAACAGGAUUUUUCUCUUUUGUCACUUUAAAACAUCUUCAUCUGAAAUUCUUGGCAAACAACUCCAGAGGAAUUGUUGGAGUAGUGUUGCAGACCUCUACUCUUUUUAACUGAACAAAAGAGUUCCACAUAAAUACUCUGGCAUGACUUGUUCCAAUUGC